CUCUCUCUCUCUACAAAUACACAAACAACUCCCAUUUGCUGUUCCAAAGUCUAAAUUCCAAACUGGGUUGGAGAGAAAGAAGUAGAAAGAUGUCAAAAACAGAGAUUUCAAGUGUUCUUAGAGAACCCCGCGUUGUGGUAAGAAAAAUGCUGUGUUUAUCUCAACGCGAAGAACCUGGUAUCUUUGUUCGCCGAAGCAUCGGAAGGUUUGAGUUCAGCUACUUCGAUCCAUUCCUGGUAUUAGACGAUUUCUCAAUAACAACUCCAGCUGGAUUUCCUGAUCAUCCACACAGAGGUUUUGAGUCUGUCACCUACAUGAUGCAGGGAAAUAUUAAACAUGAAGAUUUCACAGGACACAAAGGUAUUGUAAGAGAGGGUGGUUUGCAGUGGAUGACAGCAGGUAAAGGAAUUGUACACUCUGAAAUGGCUGAAGGUCAAGGAACUAUAAAGGGUUUGCAGUUGUGGAUCAACCUCUCUUCCAAGCACAAAAUGGCUGAACCAAGUUAUCAAGAGCUGCCAAGUAAAGAUAUUGCAGAAGUUGAAGAAGAUGGGAUCAAAGUGAGAGUUAUAGCAGGGGAAGCCUUAGGAGCCAAGUCAACCAUUUACACAAGGACUCCAACCCUGUUCUUGGACUUCACACUCAAACCAGGAGCUCAUCUCCAGCAACCUAUCCCAUCCAUGUGGAAUUCAUUCAUUUAUGUCUUGGAAGGGGAAGGUGUCUUUGGAACUCAAGAGUCUUCACCCACAAAAGCAUUCCAUGUUCUUCUUUUAGGCCCAAGUGGUGAUGGUGUAGAAGCAUGGAACCAGUCUUCUACGCCCCUCAGGUUUGUCUUGGUUGCAGGAGAACCAAUAGGGGAGCCUGUAGUGCAGUAUGGGCCUUUUGUUAUGAACACUAAAGAAGAGAUUGACCAGACAAUUGAUGAUUUUGAGAAUUGCACCAAUGGGUUUGAGAAAGCCAAGCAUUAGAUAUCAGAAGCCAUGAUUGGAAUUGAUUUUUAGCCAAUUUUAGAUUUGUUAUUCUUUUUGUUUGUUGGUGAUAGGAGAAGAAAAACAAAAGGAUGACAAAUAGUGG